AUGCCCAAACAUAGUGGAUGUCAAACAGACUCGACAUCAAGACAUAGUCAACAGAGGGAUAUUUGUGUUGCAAGUGAUGCGUGGAAUGGACAGUAUGCAAAGAAGUCGCAGACGAGUGGCUUGAUAUCAAUGAUCCUGGAUAUGACCGACAAGACAUGCUCGGCCAUGUCACAAACAAUGUUUAUUGACUAUAAUGCUACUUGUCAGAACUCUAAUGAUGUGGCCAAUGCAUUCAUGCGUACUCAACCAUUGACAUUCACAUUGACAGUGAGUGCCAUUGAUUAUGAUGUCAUUCGAGUGUCGUCAUUCAUACCAUCUGGAUGGCUCAUGUCAAUGGGCUACUACUUCAUCGGAUACUAUCAAGGUGUGGAUACGAACUGGAAUCUAAUGAAUCUGGCAGAUAACACAAACAGACCAUGCUACUCUGCAACGACACCUUGUGACCUACGCCUACCUGCCAACCUUCCAGUUACGCCCACCAAGUACAGUUUCAGUCUCACAGGUGUCGACUAUUUCUCCACAGUUGUGCCCACAUCUGUUGAAUAUACUGUUACCAUGCCAACUGCACCUUCAAUGACUACAAUGGCUAUGGAUGGACGUACUACCAGGACCAUAACAGUGAGCUAUAAUGCUACAGGUGGACUGGGACCCUCAACAUAUGUGUUCAAUUACACGCUGAAUGGAGUGCCAUACAGUGAUACUAAUUGCAUCAGGAACACAACGUGCAAGUUUAUGGGACUCGACCCAAACACCAACUAUACCAUCUCGGUCGGUGUGGCCAGUGGGUCAAAGUUCUCAAGUAGCUCGCAGACAAUGACAAUCGCAACCUUGGUAGCUGUUUCACUGCCAAACUUCACGCCAACCUAUGGUGCAGAUGGCCGUCUCAACAUCACUUUCCGAACAAAGGGCGGAGACAUCAACUCCCCAUUCUACUUUGUCACGAGGCUCAAUGGUACAAUGAUGUGCAACUCCACCGAGAAGCUAUGUUCCAUUCCCAAUCUGACCAAGGGCAUCACGUACAAUGUCUCGGUAAGCGCGAGCAAUGAGGGGACGGUUGUCGAAAUCUGGAAGUUGGUUGACAUCUCCGGCGUGUUGUUGCCGCCACGCAUCAUUAUUACGCCGUCCACAGCAUCAGCCAUCAUUCAAUAUAUUGCAGAUGGUGGCAACACGUCGGUCACUACAUAUUACAAUGUAUCGAUCAAUGGCAAUCCGGUCCAGACCAACACUUCACUCAACAGGUACGAUGCCACUGGACUAGAACCCGACACGACCUACACGGUCAAAGUGUCAGCCAACAAGCCAGACGAUCAAUUGAUCACCAGCAACACGGCAUCCUUCACAACACUCAAAACAGUUCAAGCGCCAACGAUCACAUUGGUCCAGAAUAUCUCGAGCAACUCAAUCAGUGUAUAUUACAACACUAGUGGAGGUAGUGGAAGCAACACAUACACAGUCUCUGCCAAUGGCACUGCCAUCCCAUCCUGCAUCCUCAUCACAUCAACAUAUUGCGAGCUCAAGAAUCCAGCACUUGGCCAAUACUACCAAAUUGAUGUGAAGGUCGACAGUGAUGGCUUCUCCAAAACAUCCAGCAAGGGGAUCAUGAUAUACCUAUAUCCUUCCAGGACACUCUUCAGGCCAUUGGUGACGACAGAGUCGACGAUACAGGCUUCAUGGACUCAGAGUAAUGGAGGUGUACCAAAUGAGACGUACUAUACAGUUUCAAUCAGUUUGAAUAGUGUCACUUGGAGUGAUGUCUGCGUCAAGACUCAGGAUUUGACAUGUAGCAUUCAGAACUUGUUACCAAACAAGUUACAUUAUCUUCGUCUAACAUUGACCAACACAUUCUUCAAUCCAUUGUAUGCCAAUUCCAAUGGUAGUACAUUGCCAGAGAAGAUCAACUACUGUCUGGACAGACAAGGUGGCACGUGCUCAUCACACGGCAACUGCACGGACAAUAUAUGUGUCUGCGACAACGAGUGGAAGGGAUCGUACUGCGAGGAGCGCAUCACCAUCCAGAAUGUGAAUAACGGCACGAUCGAGAACAGUCCAAACACACCAGCCAUCAACAUCACAUCCAAGGGCGUCUACUUCUCAUUCGCGAUCAAUGAGAUCAUUGAGCGAGACUCAACCAACGCCCUGGUCAAGAGCGUAAACGUGUCCAGUCUGAUGUGGUUCAUGGUAAACGCGGCCAACACAACGGUCACCGCGCCCGUCACCAACGACACAGUGCUCGAGUCGCGCUGGACCUACAACACGUCAGUGCCAAACAUUACCGACUCGAUCGUCGUGACGUUCCUACAGUACCAGCGCAUCGAAGGUGUGACUCGGAACACCAACAUGAUGUUUGAGUUUGCCAACCAGCUGUUCACAAUCGACCUUGGUUCGCUCAAGUACAAUGUGGCGAUCAACAAGUGGCGCUUCGCGAGCUAUCUCAACACGCUGGAGAUACACAGCACCGUGUCCAGGAUCAAUGGUGGCAGCUGUGACCAGCUGAUCAAUGGACACCUGCUCAACUCUGGUCCCGUGUCAACCAUCAACAUCACAGACUCGAGUGGAAACAAUAUUGUAGGACGAUUCAUCAAUCGAGUAGUGUUGGACGAGACGCCAAGAGUGCUCAACUUGUACACAGUGGACAAUCUUGAUAAUAUGACCAUCGUGGCAGUGUCGCCAGCGUUUAGCGAUAGAUUAGAGAUGGAUCCUGAUUUUGGAUUCCUCGUUCGUGGUGAUGGAAGUGCACCAUCAAGUUGUAAUCCAGCCACUGAUCAAGGAUGGAAACUGAUCACUGGUGUAGUAGUCGGUGGCAUUGCAUUUGUCGCGAUCGUCAUAGCAGUAACUGUCGUCUUCCUAAAUAAGAAGGGAGUCUACAUCAAGCAUACAUUCCUGCGGAUGGGCAAGAUAUUUAAGAACAAAUAA